AUCUGUUCUGGCCGACAGCUUCUCCAACCUUCGCUCAAGUGGUUAAGCACAUGUGACACUAUCAUCAAUCGCCUUGAACGUAUUAUUUUUCUUUUUCCACUCCUAACUCCCAAAUCCCGGAUUGUGAAGCUUCCCACCUGGCUCCCCACACCAAACUGCGUUGUACCGAGUAUGAAGCAUUUACGCAGUUUCAUUUCGACAACACAAGCGUUGCGUCGCAUAUUCCCCUCCCCUCUCGAAAACACUAGACCCCAAUUCCUUCGUCCCAUUUCCCUUCCGAUCGUCGCGCAAACCCGCCUUCUCUCGGGCCGGCGCCUGUCUCAACCAGAUGCCCAGCCCCAGGCAAGGGCAAGGCAGGUGAAAGACGAGGAAAUUAGAGCAGAAUUUAUUCAACUCGUGAACGAGGAUGGUAAACUGGAUCCACCAGUACGGCUUCGCGAUGCCUUACUGACAAUCGACCGCCCCGAUCACUUUAUUCUUCAAGUCUCCCCGGGCUUUCGUGGCCAGGCACCUGUUUGCAAGGUUGUGAAUCGGCUAGAGAUGCGGGAGCAAGAACGGGCAAGAGCAAAGGCAGCUCAUGUUAGCAAGAACUCUUUGAAACAGAUCGAGCUGAAUUGGGCUAUCGACCCUCAUGAUCUCUCCCACCGCCUGAAGCAAUUGACGGGCUUCCUGGACAAGGGCCGGAAAGUAGAGGUUAUCUUGACAAAAAAGAGAGGCAAGAGGGCACCUACUGUAGAAGAAGUCAAACAUUUGAUGGAUAGUGUGCUGCAGACUACCAAGGACGCCAAUGCUAUGCAAGUGAAGCCGAUGGAAGGUGAACCAGGCAAACACGUUAUACUUGUUGUGAAGAAAAAGGAUUCUGCUUAAUGUGAGCUUUUUGAGAAGUUUGAUUCAUGUAUAUUAUGAACAUCACACCUAUCAGAGUGCUCUGUAAAUAUAAUGAAAAGUCUCUACGGAGCAAUGCCUGGCACAAGAAGGUCGGAUUACAUUAACCUCAAUUGCUAAUGUGAAUGCAUUGUAAUGGAUACUGGUUGUGGAACAGAGCUUGAAAUAGCCGCUCAACUCUACAAGGUGCAUAGAUAUCCCGUUCAACAAAGCAAU